UACAAACAUAUCGGUCUUCUUCUUAUCUUAUCCCUUUGCCUUAGAUUAUAUGUCUCUACUCGGAUCUAAAAUAGAUAAUAAACGUAUUACAGGCAUCCGACACAAACUGCAAACAACACAUUUUAACAGCAGGGGGAGAGCGCAUCCCGCGAAUGAUGUAGUUUGCUUCAGCUGACAGCAGAGGCCCAGCAGAGUGGAACAGUCUUUCCGGGCAGUCAAUCAGCGAGUCUGGCGUCUUUGCCGAGAGCGAAAGACAGCAGAUGAUAAACUGCUAGUACAUCUAUAUGCACCGUCUGCGAUAACAGCCCUUUGCGCUAAAACGUCCAGUGCGGCCCGGUGCUGAGGAUUUCAAUAAGCAUCUACAACGGCUAACGGGGCACAGCUAAAACAGUUAGCCGCAUCCGCGCACAGGUAUGUCUGAAGUUAGUCUUGAGGCAGAGUCGGGGAAGACCUCAUCCGAGGAGCCUCAGAUGGAUUGUGAGGAGGAUGGCAAAGCAGAGGAGAGUUUGAGCAAGGAGUUAAAGCAGGAGAGCGUAGACAGCAGCAGUGUCAGGGAGGACGAUGUGAUGUACGACAUUGACAUUAACAGUGAUGAAGAGAAUGCAGAAAGCAGUAACAGGAAGGGACAGAAGGCGCAUGAUGAGGGCAUUCAGAGCGAGACUUUGGCGUCUGGUCGUGUAGCCGAUAGGGGACACGAGACGAAACGCAGCGUUGAAACGGCUGAAACACCACAGGAAAGCGGAGAUACUCACACUGAAACAAAGGAGAGCACAAUGGCCGAGGAGUCCCACAGAAGCACAGCGGCGGAGAUCCCCGUCACCAGCAAUGGUGAACUAGAGCAGAGCCCCGAGUCUGUAUUCAGCAGGGACUCUUAUCCCAGUGGCCCGGGGGCCAUAAACCUUUCAGAGACUUGUGUCACAUCAAGCAACUUUGCCUCAACCACGGAGGGCAUCAUUGAAUCAGGACCAUACAAAGGGUCAGCAAGCCUGCCCACAUCUCCCGUGUCACCUGUAGCUCCCAGCUCGGCUGUUGCCAGCCGCCUGGCACGCUCUUCCAGCGAUAGUCAGGCUGAGAAAGGUACCUCGAAACGAUGGUGUAUGAAUCAGAUGAAGCAACACCAUUUUCUACGCAAAAUUAACCACAAUCUACUUUACCGCCUUUGGUUCUCACCAGGUCCUUACCAGUGUACCAGGCAGAUCCUGUCAGAAAAGCUGGGUCGAGGCUCGCGGACCGUGGACCUGGAGCUCGAGGCCCAAAUCGAAGUCCUCCGUGACAACAAGAGAAAGUACCAGCAUGUGAUCAAGCUGGCUCAGAUGCUGGCCAGUCAGCUCUCACAGAUCAUGCAGACACAGAGGCAGCUGGGAGAUGCCUUCGCCGACCUCAGCCUCAAGACACCGGAACUCCACGAGGAGUUUGGAUACAACGCUGAAACCCAAAAGCUGUUGUCCAAAAACGGAGAGACGCUGCUGGCUGCCAUCAACUUCUUCAUCUCCAGUGUGAACACGCUCGUGGACAAAACAAUCGAAGACACCAUGAUCAAUAUCAAACAGUAUGAAGCUGCAAGGGUUGAGUAUGAUGCAUACCGUACAGAUCUGGAGGAGCUGAAUCUGGGGCCGCGUGACGCCAACACCGUGCCGAAGAUCGAGGUGUCUCAGCAGGAGUUCCAGACCCACCGCGAGAAAUACGAGAGGAUGCGAAAUGACGUCUCCAUUAAGCUGAAGUUCCUGGAGGAGAACAAGGUGAAAGUUCUGCAUAAUCAGCUCAUCCUGUUCCACAAUGCCAUCGCUGCAUACUAUGCUGGAAAUCAACAGCAGCUGGAACAGACACUCAAGCAGUUCCACAUCAAGUUGAAAAUGCCAGGCGAGGACAGUCCAUCUUGGCUGGAAGAGCACUAAUCAUUCCUUUUCAAAACCUUUUUGGCUCCAUUUGACAGGACAUGUCAAAUUUACAGAGAAACUACAGGAGCUUUCUUCCCUCUUUAACGCUAUUCUCGCUGCUUUUCGAACUUUGAGAACUGUAAAUGAAAAUAAUGCAAAAACGGAAAAAAAAACUCCCACAUUCCAUUUUUCUUUGUUAAAUCGUUUUCCUUCUUCUUGGUUAUUUCAGAUCAUUAAAAUACGCACUUUUGCACUGUUUGACAGAUGUGUCAAACAGAUGUUGCUGCAGUAAACGCGUUUGGAAACUCUACAUGGCCUUUUGUAUUCCAGCGUAUGAUUGUUGUAUCCCAGCACAGUGGACAUGUUGGCUUUGUAAAGUGGGGCAGCUAUGGGAUCGAAACAACUGCCGUUUUACUCACAUUCUUUAUACUGCUCUUAUCAGCCGAUGAAUGCUUUGUGAAAGAUAAGCAGGAAGCUUUUUUUUUUUUUAAAUGCAAAUCCUUUAAUGAAUUGGUCAAUUUUACCCACAAACUCUGAUUAAAGUGGUAGUUUGAUAUUUUGGGAAUUUGCUCUGUCCUCUCAGUUUAAAGCCAGCAGCUGGUUAGCUUAGGAUAAAAACUGGACACGAGGGUAGCUUUACUCUUUCCACCGGUUAGAAAGGAACCUGCCUCCUAAUACCUCUAAAGUUCAUGAACACAAAAAGCCAAAGUGUAUGAAAUCAAGGUGUGCUUGUGCAGAGGUAAAACCAGGCAGCCAUGUUUCUGAUUGUGAAUUUUAUGCUAAGCUACUGUAACUGACUUCUUCCUCUGGAUGAGCUAGAUGGCUGUCCAUCCCCACAUUUGUGCAAAAACCAAAGUUUUCCCAAAUGUUUGAAACACUCCGUGCAAAGAGAUGGCAGUUCAGAUGACGUUUACACAAUCCCUCUAUUUUUAGGACUUCUGGGGGUUUUAUUGUUGUUGUUUUGUCUACAUUCAGGGCUCGCGGUUGAAUGGGUAAAAGUGUUGAUAAAAUGAAGGAUCAGCCUUAUGUGAAUAGAUGUGCCUUGAUUUCUUGAAUUGGUUCUACUCAAAUCCAUGCUGUCUGGUCUUCUUGUUAAAAGCAGGUGCGCUCGCUACCAGUGUUCAGAGAAUGGAGCAAACGAGCACCUUCCACCCUCAGAGAUGGAUCCUGUACAAUUUUACAUGUUUAAACGCAGCACAAAUAAAAGGAAAACUCCCAUACCUUGGUGAAGACGUGCCGUUCUCAAACAUACUUAUCCAUAUUGCACACGUGCACAUUUCUGAAAUUGAGAUCAAAAACUUGUUAGAAGUGUGUGACAUGUAAGUUUUAAACCAAAAUGCAAUUAACUUGAGAGAUAUUGUCUUUUGUAAAUUUAAACACCAGCAUUCUUUUGCAUAGGCUGCAUACGGUUUCCUUCGACGGGCUGUGCGAAAGUAUGAUUAUUCCAAAGGGGACGCUCUGUCUGCUAGUGUGGUCCUCACUUUGUGGAUUUGUACUUCUCCUGUGGCUCGCUAUAGCAGUGUGAGAGCGUGAAUCUUGUACAACAAUCUGUUCCUUAAAAUAGAUGGCUAUAUAUUUUUAAUCUCUAUUUGAUUUUUAGUAUGACAAAAAUGCUGCCUUUUGGCGUUGUUUUCCUAAAGACCUGCAUAAUGGUGUGCUACUGUGGUAGCACCGUGUCCUAGUGGGCAUCUACCUUUGUAAUAAUGAAACAUUAACAAAUGUUGAGUUAAAAGGGUUGUGAAUGUUGUGUAACCUUUUUUGGGGGAAAAUAAAACAUUUAAAAAAAAGUG